AUGAUAAAUAAUUCAGAGUUGGAGCGGGUUCUUGUCGAAAGAGCUGAAGUUCUGGGCGAAGCCGAAGCGCAACUCGACGAAAUCGCAGUGACGUUGCCGGAAGUCGAGAACAAGAAUCUUGAGCUGCACAAGGAAAUUCAACUGCGCUUGGGCACCGAGGGAGAGCUCCGGAAAAAGCUACUAGGGCUUGGGAUUGACGUGGAUACAGACAUGACCGAAAUAGAGAAUGGUGCGCCCGCGCCGAUUGGUUGGGUGGAUGCUGCAGCAGAUCCGAGCAGCACGACGUCGCCGAAGACAUUGUGCAAAGCUAGCACUGGUGCAAACCCCGACCAAAUACCUGAGACCGGCAAGAAAGAGGAACACGACCAGAGCGAAGAUCCAAGAAGCGAUCCGCAAGGACCCCAUUCACAUCAUCAAGAGGUUUCUACUGCUUCCUGUUUGGACGCCAAGGGACCCGCGCAGCAUGCCUUUAACAGUGCUACUACUCCCACAACUGCGUCACCAUGCAGCAUUGGUUCUCCAGCAUCCCCAGCCCCCUGCAAUCCUGAAGAAAUAAGAUCUUCCACCGAAAAGCCUCCACCUCUUCAUUUGACACCUGUUGUUACUUCUCCUGGUGUAUCAUCUUCACUUGAUGCUAAU